GCCGAGAGUGAGGAAGAAGAUGAUGUCGAAAUGGAAGUUGAAGAUCAAGACAGCAAGGAUGCUGAAAAGCCAAACAUCAUUAAUUUUGACACUAGCCUACCAACUUCUCAUGUGUAUUUAGGAUCAGACAUGGAAGAAUUUCACGGAAGGACUGUCCAUGAUGAUGAUAGCUGUCAAACAAUUCCAGUUUUACCCCAUGUGAUGGUGAUGCUGAUUCCUGGGCAAACAUUGCCUCUUCAACUUUUUCGCCCCCAAGAGGUUAGCAUGGUGCGGAACUUAAUACAGAGAGACAGAACCUUUGCUGUUCUUGCAUACAGCAACAUACUUGAAAGAGAAGCACAUUUUGGAACAACAGCUGAAAUUUACGCCUAUCGGGAAGAACGGGAAUAUGGAAUUGAAACUGUCAAAGUAAAAGCUGUGGGAAGACAGCGGUUUAAAGUGCUUGAAAUAAGAACCCAAGCUGAUGGCCUACAGCAGGCCAAAGUACAGAUCCUUCCCGAGCGAGUGCUGCCUUCAACUAUGUCCGCAGUGCAGCUGGAAUCCCACAGCAGAUGCCACAUUUUUCCUUCCUCUAAGCCCGCAGCAUGGCAGGAUCAACAGAUACAUCAAUGGCGACAGAAAUACCAAAAGCGCAAGUUUCACUGUGCUAGUCUGACUUCCUGGCCAUCUUGGUUAUAUUCUUUAUAUGACGCUGAAACCUUGAUGGAACGGGUCAAGCAGCAGCUUCACGAGUGGGAUGAAAAUCUUAAAGAUGAAUCGCUUCCAUCAAACCCAAUAGAUUUUUCAUAUAGAGUUGCAGCAUGCCUACCAAUUGAUGAUGUUUUGCGAAUUCAGCUGCUUAAAAUUGGUAGUGCUGUUCAGCGACUGCGCUGUGAACUAGAUAUUAUGAACAAAUGUACCUCUCUGUGCUGUAAGCAUUGCCAAGACACAGAAAUAACUACUAAAAAUGAAAUAUUCAGUUUAUCCCUAUGUGGACCUAUGGCUGCCUAUGUGAAUCCUCACGGCUAUGUGCAUGAGACCCUUACUGUCUACAAGGCCUGCAAUCUGAAUCUAAAUGGCAGAUCUUCCACAGAACACAGCUGGUUUCCUGGGUAUGCAUGGACUAUAGCUCAGUGUAGGAUCUGUGGAAGUCAUAUGGGUUGGAAGUUUACUGCAACAAAGAAGGAUUUGUCGCCUCAAAAAUUCUGGGGAUUGACCCGUUCUGCUCUGCUGCCAAGGAUUCCAGAAAAAGAAAAUGAAUCUGGGCAAGAAAGAUCGCUAUUGCUUUGCCUUUGAUCUGGUCACCUUACUCUGAACAAACUUAAAGCAGUUUAUGUCUCAAAGAGAAACGUAUUAAAUGCUGCCUCUGGUAUCUGAUUAUAUAUUUGAAUUUGAAAAAAGGCACUGUUAUUUCCAAAUUUGAAUUUGGAAGAAGAAGUACAAAAUGUGAGAUGGAAAGCGAGAAAAGCAGAUGAUUUCAAGUUAUCUGGCAUGUACUGAAGUGAACAGCUCAGAUUUACAGCUGCUCUUUAAUAAUGUAAAAAGACAUAUACUAUUGUUGAGGAGAUAAAGCUGAGUAGAAGUGACAUGAAGACUGUGUAACUUAAGUUGUGCAUAUUGAUAGAUAUAACCUAUUGCCCGCUGUUUUAAAAUAUUUUCCUGUAGAAUGUUGUGAAUUUACUAGAAUACCUAUUUUCUACCUGUAUGAAAUAGUUUACAGGUACUAGCAUUUGCUUCAAUAAGCCUUAAAAGACAAGGAGGCCCAACGUUCUGAAAGGGGCGUUCAGCUUCCUAGGAUCAGACUCUAGCUGCUGUAGAAGCACGCGUUGAAGCCUGCUGCUCAAAGAACUUCCUGAAUGCGACUCCUUUGUUAAAGCAAAAUCCAACUGGGCUGUUUGUGUUUGCUUUAUCUCUUUUACAGGAUUUUCACUCCAUUUGGCAUUUUCAGACUUUCCUUUUUAAAAAGCGGAAACAUAAGUUAGUUGUUUUUGCCUCUAGUAUCAUAAUAAAGGGUAUGAUUUUCCAGAUCGAUAUCUCUAGUACAUUUCAGUUAAUCAUUUUACAAAUGUUUGUAAUUAAAUGUUUUGAAGCAUUAUGUGUCUUUUUAUGUGUCUAAGAACUUGGCAUCACAGUUGUUCAUAAACUAUAUAUUUGGUAUUGGAAAGCAGCAGACAUCUUACUACCCUUUGUAAUUUCUUAUCUGAAACUGAAAGAUUGUGUGGUAAUAAUGCUUCCCAUAGAAACUUGUUGUUUUUCAGGAGAUAUUAUGGUAUAGAAAUGGGUGACAAAAAGAAGGUAUAAAGACUUCAUAGAUUGUUUUCCCAGAAUGCACUGCAGUAAGCAAAAUCCGCAGGUAUCAGAUUCGUUUUAUAGAUAUAUGUAGUGAUCCUGUUAAUAAUAUGUGUUACCUUGCUGAAAUAAAAACAUUGCUGAAACAUUUUAGUAAUUUCAUACAUACCAUCAUAUUUCCUGGUGAGAGAAGGUUAUUUUGAAGCAAACACCUAACUUUAGUGAUGUCAUUUGUUGUAUAAGUGGAAAAUGUGUUUUGAGUGUAAGUGUGAUUCACCCCAAAAAGGAACUUUUAAUGUACUACAUACCAGCAAGUGAGUUUGUGACUCGGGGCUAAUUCCUUAAAGUCUUCUACCUCUAUGGUACAAUGGCAUUUUUAUUUCUCAUCACAGUUACUGUCGAAUUACCUUUUUCCUUUUACGCUUCAACACUGUUUCUCUUCUAGUCAGAAGCAAUACUAGCUGCAGCCUCAUUCUGAAUAGAGCAAGAUAAGGACAUCUUACUAAAUGAACAUUUUAGAUUUUUAAAAAAAAUUGUUUUCUUUUGUUAGUAUAAAAAAUGUAUUGAAAGCACUGGAUUGUCAGCGGAAGGUCAGUCUGUAAUGAACUAAAUCAGGAUACUAGUCAGCCUUCUCCUAAUUAAAGGUAUUGUGGACUCAGUUUUUCAAGGGGUGAAGUUCCUGAAGUUUGUUUUCCUGCCAGUUUUGUUCUGCUAUUGGAUAAACUGGUGGCCAAGGAGUUGAAUUUUCAGCUAUGGUCUGAGAGCAAGAUAGCUUCCCAUAUUAAAAGUGUCUCCCUUAUGCCUGAGCCUAGUAAAGUCAGUCACUAGUCUGACGCUCACAUGUUUCGCUUUUCUGCCAUAAGUAAAAUGCAAUGAUUACAUUGGAACACCCAUCUUAAUAGAUCUGUCCUCUUCCUCUGUCUCAUCAUAUGAAACAAGUUUUCCAUUGUCACAAUUCAGAUGGAAGAGUGAAGUCCUAUAUUUUCAAUCAGUGUCUUGGUUCAGUGGCUCACUGGGUGUGUCAAGUAUCAUGCUAAGAUCUGUUCUGACUGUGAUGCGCAUAAUGGUGAAGGAACAAAAGCAGUAGCCUCACUGUUCAUUGAUAUCAAUUUUUUCCACAAAUAGCCUGCACCGUGUAUAAUUAGGUCUCUCCGUAUAGUUGCCUAAAAUGGCAACAGAAGAAUGGAAGGGGUUCAAAUAUGCUUAACUUUUAUGUGAUUCAUUAUGAGUUUAAGCAAGGCUUUCUAAAAAACCAAACAAACGAACUUGGACACUCAUUAUAAUUUGUUGAUAUCAGGAAUAAGUAUUUUUUUCAAUUUUCACUUAAUGUUGACAAUUAUAUCUCCUACCCCACUCUGUGAUGGACCUAAGAUUAUUAAACUAAUAACAUAUUCUCACGUUAGCGUAAGUUCAAGUUAUUGCAAAGGCAUAUCCUGCUGUUGUGAAAUUGGCUGUUGUCCUCCCAAUUAUAAACUUUAAACAUAAAGCAUAUGCUUUAUAGUUUCAGUAUAACACCAUUAAUGCUUCUCUUUAUUAGCUCAGUUUUUCUGUUUGUAUACAUACUGUGGGGCUUACUUCCAAAAAUUGAAGA